UAUCUCAGAAACCCAGCACGGAACCAACAAGAUCCGCGGAGCCAAACACAUAACAAAACAGAACGAAACGAUGAAGAAUAAUAUCCAAGCUAUUAUCUAUGCAACAUCCGACGCGCCCAGAACACUUCGCGGUUCUUCCCCGGUCGAUACCGACGUUAGGCCAGCGCGCCGACUUGGCCCCAAGCCCCCAACCAAGGCCCCCAUCAAGCCAUUCCAAGAGCCCAAGAAAUUACCCCGCGCCCUUGUCAAACCGUCCCUGUGGGCAAGACACUACGCGCAGUGCCGAUCGAAUCAACCGCGCGCACUACAUAAGACAUUGGCGCCGCGGCGCGAAGAGGAAUUGGCAAAAGCCGUAGUCUUUUUUCUCUCUCGUCGUGUAGGAAUGGUGGAGAAGCUUGGGCUCGGGAGCCCCGACUGACAAGAGCU